GAAUAUAUAAAGAAUAAUUAUCGUAUCGAGUACAGCAUAGAGUGACAUAUGACAGCUGAUAACUUGGGCAAUUAAAACUGAUAUUUAGGAACUUCUAUUAAAUUAAAUACACUACAGAAUAAAAUGGGUCAACUUUCGCGGCCAUAUGUGCUCGCGGUCUUAUGUUUAGUAUUCAUAUCAAAGAAUGCACGUUGUGAUGGUCCACAUAUUGACUCAGCUUCUCUGCCACUAGAACACAGAUCAGUAUAUGGUCCACCAGCACCUUCACCCAUAUAUGGUGCGCCGCAGGGCGGUGGCGGUGGGGCCUCCAAUGAAAUCUCUGACGAUGCAUGGCCGCUUGCUACCACCAAUGACAGUCCGCAAAUAAAGCAUUUACAAGUACAAUGCGAAAAGACACAUAUGCGUGUUAAUAUUGAAUUCGAUCGUCCAUUCUAUGGUAUGAUUUUCUCAAAAGGUUUCUACAGUGAUCCGCACUGUGUGCAUUUGAAACCUGGUACUGGUCAUUUAAGUGCUACUUUUGAAAUUUUCCUCAACAGCUGUGGUAUGACCAGUUCAGCUAAUCAUAACGCUGCUGGUUUUGGUGCACCUACACCAUCUGGCAGUUAUGUUGAGAACACUAUUAUUAUACAAUAUGAUCCAUACGUGCAAGAGGUUUGGGAUCAGGCACGUAAAUUACGUUGUACUUGGUAUGAUUUCUAUGAAAAAGCUGUUACCUUCCGUCCAUUCCAAGUUGAUAUGUUGCACGCUGUUACAGCUAAUUUCUUGGGUGAUAAUUUACAAUGCUGGAUGCAGAUACAAGUCGGCAAAGGACCUUGGGCAUCAGAAGUUUCUGGUAUUGUUAAAAUUGGUCAAACGAUGACAAUGGUAUUAGCUAUUAAAGAUGAUGAAAAUAAAUUCGAUAUGUUGGUACGUAAUUGCGUUGCGCACGAUGGUAAACGUGCUCCCAUACAGUUAGUUGAUCAAAACGGUUGUGUCGUCCGACCAAAAAUUAUGAGUAAAUUCCAAAAAAUUAAGAACUUUGGUCCAUCAGCUUCAGUUGUUAGCUUUGCAUAUUUCCAAGCAUUUAAAUUCCCCGACUCCAUGAAUGUACACUUCCAGUGUGUGAUACAAGUAUGCCGUUACAAUUGUCCUGAACCAAAAUGUGGACCUAGUAUUGGUGGAGAAUAUGGAGUGCCACAAAUUGGCGGCAAUGCACUUUCUUCCGAAUAUGGACCUCCAGAAGCUUAUGAACGAGGUGACUUUGGUUUGGGUGGCUUACCGCCAGCUGCUUAUCCAGAUCCCAGACAUCCAGCAGCUGAUGCAACUGGAGCCUACUCAGAAAAUCAACCUGAUGUUGUUCCUUCACCACAAGCACAAACAUCUGCAGUCACUACACCUGAAGCCGGUCCACCAAGUUCACAGUCACCACCACAAACUGCUGAAUUACACUUGCCUCCACCACCAUUACCCGGACAACCCGGUCAGUACAGUACAGUUAAAAGAAAAGACGAUAUGGAGGGUGGAAAUUUAGUAUCAUUAGGUGGUCGUCCAAGAUCUGUAGAGGGACUUGAUGAUUUACGCGGUGUACGCAGACGGCGUGACACAAUAGAUAUUGUAGUCAAACCACGUAUCUACAAACGUGAUGCACAAGAAAUGACUGAUGUGAAUACAAGUAGAACAAUUCAAGUGGUUGCACCUGGUGAUGUUAACUUUGCAUUGAACAGUAAUGCAAAUAAUGAAACCGUUGUCAUACAAUCUGCACGUUCUGCUGAUUCGGAAACAAUUUGCAUGUCAGUGCCAAGUUUUGUUGGUGGUUUAGUGAUGUUGCUGCUGGUGCUGGCCGUUGCAUCUCUAGUCGCUGCAUUCCUGUUCGUACGAGUACGGCAUUUCGACAGAAAAGGAGCGUCAAUGGCAUACGUUAACUAAUUAGAUUAAAAUGAUUAGAUUAACUUACGCUAUAGUGCUUCUCAACUCCUUAAUUUAAUAUAAGGCUCGACAACGAGCUAUAGGAACGAACGCUUAAAAAUAUUACUUAAACUGUCUUUAGAAAACCAAAUCAUAUAUAAACGACAUAUAUGCUAAGUAGAACCAUUCAGAACAAGGGUACGGCGGUUCUUCCAGGCAUACUUUCAUAUAUACAUCUUAACAAUCAUAUUUCCGACAAAAUCCCGACAAAUGAUUAACCAUGAAUAGUUAUAUAUUAUAUUAUUUAUUAUAUUUUACCUAUAAUUAUUUAUUUUUAUUUUUCUAUUUGCCCAAUUUGUAAAACGAAAAAUCCUCAAGAUAAAAAAUUUAAAUAAAAUUGUCACUAAAUUAACAUUUGUAUGGCAAUGAAGAGAUCUCAUAAUUUAGAGAUUGUUUUCUCUUCUCAAGCAAAUGCAAAUCUAAAUAAAAAAAUUUAUUGGUUAAUAAAAUUAAU